UAUCUUCAAAAUGCAGCAAUGUGUGUUUAUGGAUAAAGCUGAAAUUAUAACAAUUUUCGCAAUUUCUCGUUCAUUUGCUUUUGUCUCCUGGGCAGACAACAACACAGGCGAGUCGACCCGGCGCCAACGUACCGGGGCCUGUUGUCUGUGGGAGAAACGAGGAACGGUUUUAUAAAAGUUAUUUUAUGUUAGUGGAAUUAACGCUUGAGCUUGGGUUCUUCAUAACAGAGUGAUAAACAAAUACUUCGUUUUAUCCGUGGUGGCCUCUUUGCCUACCCCAAGUAAGCCAUCUGACAACCACGUGCUUCGCGAUGCAUCGGCUCUCAGGGCGCAUGUUCGUGUCGCUUCGCAUUUCGCUUCGGAUCAAAAUAACAAGCAGUUCAACAUGGCGGCUUGUCUAGACAUGAUGUAUCCCAAUUGUUAGUGAAUAUUAUUUCUAUUAAAUUACUGACGAUGUAUAGAAAAAGUUAUUUAAUACAUGUGGUUAUUGUUACUGCAGUGUUUUUAAUAUAUGUAUGUGAAUUUAGUAAUUGUCAAUUGCUGAUAAAUGUCAAAAACCAAGGUGGUGAUGUGGUUCAGGAGAGUAUUUUUUCAAAUAUCAGCGAUGACGCGGUGACUUUGGAGUUUCAGCGUUCUGACGGAACCCUCGUUACACAGCUGGUUGAUUUCAGAAAUGAAGUACAAAUCCUCCGAGCUCUCGUCCUCGGCGAGGAGGAAAGAGGCCAAAGCCAAUACCAAGUGCUUUGUUUCGUGACGAGACUGCAUCAGACCGAUUUUAUAUCGGCGGACGCCAUGAGCAAACUCAGACAGAAAAAUCCGGGAACAGUCCGGACGCCGGAGGAGGACCGGGGCCGAGACAACUAUACCCUGAGCGCGUGGCUGGAUCCCGUACGUGCAGGACAUCGAGCCAGUCCGCACGUGGCCGUGCUCUGCGGCGAAGCAAGGGACGCCACGUACGCCAGGGAGGACGACCUGAGAUAUUGGGCCGAGAGGGCCGGCGAAGGUUUUCCGGGUGACGACUGGUUGCCAUCAGGUGCUCGGAGGUUCCCUUCGGCUUAUUUCCAUGCGGAAGCGCCCUUCGAUAAUUCGGUCGCCGAACCGGCGACUGCCCGCCUGCCGAAGUGUGCGGACGCGAAGGCGGCCCGAGCGCCUUGCAGGUGCCGAUUCGAGGUUUGCGUCGGCUGGUAUCCUUGCGGUUUGAAAUAUUGCCGAGGAAAAAGUGCCGCCGCCGGUUCCAGUUACAGGUGCGGCAUCAAAACCUGCCGAAAGUGUUCGGCGUAUUCGUACCACGCCAGACAAAAGCAGCAUUGCCUCUGGGACGAAUGACAAAAAUAAUUUUGUCAUCAUUAUUAUCUAGGAUUCUGCGCAAACUGAGAAAUUAUGUGGUUUUGAACGUAACUUCUAAGAAAAUGAUAAAAAUUCUCAUAAUAUCAAAUAGUAAAGACGAGCAGUAAGUAUUAUUAAAUUAAAUAUUGAUCCUUCUAAUGCUGUCUCAGAAACUAGAAACGUUAUAGUUAAUUCAGUUCUUCGAACAAAAUGAAAUCUCUGAAAUCAAUUUAAUUUAAUUAAUUAAUUUUUGUACGCUGCUAAGUACGAAUGGAGAUAUGCAAACCAUGGCUAAUGUGAUUUUUAUAUUAAAUGUUACAAAUGCAUUUUUGCG